AAAACGUGUGUGUCCCUGCAGGUGUGAAUGAGUGACGUGGUGCCUCCCACAGCUCUCAGUGAAGUCCAGCUCCGCUUCCUCUGCCACGAUGACAUAGAGAGUGUCAAGCUGCUCUGUGGUGAUUGGUUCCCAAUCGAGUACCCAGACUCAUGGUAUCAGGACAUCACUUCCAACAAGAAGUUCUUCUCCCUCGCUGCCACCUUCAGAGGAGGCAUCGUGGGAAUGAUUGUGGCCGAGAUCAAAGGCCGGACCAAAGUACACAAAGAGGAUGGAGACAUCCUGGCCUCCAGCUUCCCUGUGGACACACAGGUAGCGUACAUCCUCAGCCUGGGAGUGGUCAAAGAGUUCAGGAAACAUGGCAUAGGCUCCCUACUGCUGGACAGUUUGAAGGAGCACAUCUCAACGACAGCCCAGGACCAUUGUAAGGCAAUCUACCUACACGUCCUCACCACCAACAACACUGCCAUCCACUUCUACGAGAACAGGGAUUUCAGGCAGCACCACUACCUGCCCUACUACUACUCCAUACGAGGCGUCCUCAAAGACGGAUUCACUUAUGUGCUCUACAUCAACGGGGGUCAUCCACCCUGGACGAUUUUUGACUAUAUCCAGCACAUCGGUUCAACCCUGGCCAGCCUGAGCCCCUGCUCCAUCCCUCAGAGGCUGUACCGACAGGCUCAGUCCCUGCUGCGCUCUCUGCUGCCCUGGUCCAACAUCGCCUCCAAGACCGGCAUACAGUACAGCAGAACAAUGUGACACAGCACGGAGCACGACUUCCAUCUCUCAUCUGUCUUCCCUCCGUACACACCAAGAUGUACACGCGCACUCACAAUCCUCCAUGUCGCACGGCUUUUCCACAACCUGUGUUUGACACAGGACUCAGGUUCAACCUGCGUUAGACCGUUCACACACUCACUCUAAUCCCAGAUUCAGUACACGUUCUGCACCGCUCACACACAGAUCCAGGUUUGCAGCUGUACUGCUGUGCCCGGCCGAUAAAACAGGGUUGUUGCAUUGCGAUGCAUUCAAGGUGCAAUGUUGUCGUUGUUUGUUUUU